GGGCGCCGGCGCCGCGCGUUCCGCGGCAAAGAUGGCGGCGCUGUCGGGGCUCUGCCGCCGCGGGUGUGGCGCACGCCAUGCCCGGUAGCCGGCGCAGGGAGCUCUGCCCCAGGCCCGCCGCCCUCAGGAGGCGCAGCGGCGGCGGCGAGGAGCAGGCGGGCCGGCGGCGGCAGGAGGAGUCCCCCGCGGGGCAGGAGGAGGGGGGCCCGCCCGCAGGGGAGGAGGCGGUGCGCGGCGCUGCAGAGUCAUGUUUACAUAAAACACCAAAAAGAUCGUUGAGUAGGAAAUCCCGAAUACCUACUUUCAGCUCUCCUGUUAAUGACACUGAUGUACAGCAAGAAAUCUUUUGGGAUCCUCAUUCACCAAUUCCACAAAGCUUAGGCAAUGGAAAAACCAAACGGUCUACCAGUAGAUGCGCCGUAGAAAUUUCAGAAAUUGUUAAUCGUAUUGCUCCUCAGGAUGAAAAAGCAACCUGUAAUGAAGGCUCCCUCUUAGGGACAUGGAUUGGUGAGGAUGCUAUUCCCUGUACACCUGGAGUGAUAAAAGUGCGAGCUAGGACAAAGUUAAGUUGUAUAAGAGAUCUUAAAAUAAAAAAUCCUGAAGAGGAACUCAUGAAAUUGGCUAAGGAAUUUGAUAAAAAUCUAGUAGAGCUAGAUGCCGUUCAGGAACAAGAGAAGCUUGGUCAUGACUUCAUCCAGACUGCCUCAGAGUCUUUAAGUAAUUCUAAAGGUGAAGUAAACAUGAAGAAUGUGAAAUCACUCCUUGAUGAAUUUUCUGAAACAGAUAUUGCUCUGUCCCUGAAACCAGUUGGACAGAGCACUGGCAUCCCUGCUGCAGAGCCCUGUGAGUCUAUCAGUCAAAAGUCUAUAGACCUUGAGGCUGAAAGAGCCCUUCAUGCUCUUUUUGACUGCUCUACCCAGAAGUGUCCUGGACGGCUGAGCCAAGGACUAUCAGGUAUUUCUUUAAAUAAUAGUUUCCAUGAAAAUAAAAAUACCUUGGAAGAGGAACGCCUUCCUGAGCAAAUUAAAGAUGUGCAACAUAAUAAUUCAGGGUCAUGUCAGAAAGGUACUCCGUGUGCACUAGGAAGUGUGAAUCAGACUUUUCCAAAUCCUGAUGCUCACAUAGUGACCAAAAAUAAUCCUCCUUCUUUGAAGACACAACUGGUGGUCUCCAGUAAGCCUACUGGAAUAGUUAAUGAUGAUUUUGAUGACUGGGAUACAGAUUUUCUUGCAGACGACUCUUUUGUGAUGCAAAUAACCCAAAAUCCUGAAUUGAUAAGUACUGAAGAAGCACCACCUACAAAUCCAUCUGUGCAUGGUUUCAGUGAUGCUAGCCGAACAAAGGAAAGAAAUGGCUGCAAUUCAGUAACUUGUCUGGAGAGUGUACACAAAUCUAACAGUUUGCAGUUUUCACCUUUGAAACAUCCUAGUAAAAACAUAAAAAAUGUUGUGAAAUCUCUUUCUUUACAAAAGCCAUAUAAUAAGACAGAAAGCUCAAAGAUGGAGACGGUAGCCUUUCAUGUCAAAAGUGAUGUUAAGCCAGAUAAAAUAAAUUCUGUUUGGAAAAGUGCCCAAGACAGUGAUUUGAACUAUGUUCCUGUUUCAAUGCAGUCUGAAGUGAAGAAUGAAAAUGAAACUACUCAGCCUAAAAGUAACCCUCUUCCUCUUUUUAAUUCAAGAUCUAAUCCUCAUAGACAACAAAUUGAAAAACCUGAGAAUUAUGCACACAAUAUUUUCUGUCAAUCAUCCAGUGUUUCAACCAAUACGAAACCUAAUGAUGUAUCUAAAGUGGUUAACCAAGCUAAUACAGGUCACUUAAAUCAAGUUGAAAUACCAAAGAAACGUCCUCUGUCAUUUGAUGACUGGAAUGAACCAAAAUUCUCUGAUGAAGUAUUAGAUAUGUUUUAUGAAUCGAAUAGUCUUUGGGAUGCAAACUGUGAGGAUGAUGAAUUGUUGUAUCAGGUAUGUGAUGAUAUAGAAAAGCAGACUCAGAGCCAGGAUGUUAAAAAAGAAAAUGAACGAGCUAAAACUGUACAAGGAACCAGUAUUAAUUCCAGAUCAAAUGCUGAUAAUGGCUUUCCAGCAUCUAAACAAGGACUACCUGAUUGCCUCUUGGCACAAAAAACAAAUGCAAACCAGGGUGCUCUCUCAGUAAACGAUUCUUGCAGAAAUUCAUCAAAAGUUACACAUGGACUGGCUGCACCAGGUCACGUAGUGAACUGUAAAAACGUCUCAAGUGCUCUAACUGUGAUCUCGGGUACUUCUAUGGAGUGUAAAUAUGCAUGGUCUAAAACCUGUCAUCAAGCUGCUUCUGAAGAUACUACAAAGACUGUUUCAGGAAAAUGGUACAGGUCAAAUUCUGUGCCAGCAGGAGAGACUGGUUCUGAAGUAAGUUCUGUUAAUGCAGUAAACAUUUUUAGUAGCAAAACAUUAGACGGACCAGAUCUUUUGUGUAAUAUGGGAAAGAUGCCAAAUAGCAGUUCUGAUAACAAAAUAUCACUUAUCCCUUCAAAGUUUAAGUUCCGAAAGACUAACAACUCUCAGGGUGCUCUUCACUUAGGGUCGGAAAAUCCAGGGAGUCAUUCUGGUAUUGGGAUUCUGCAGGGUUUGGAAGGAAGCAAGAAUCAGGUGAAUGUGACUUUGCACGGCAAGCUUGACAAUAAGAAACCACCUUUCAAGAGGCACCUUUCAGAAUCUUUUGCACUGCCUACAUCAGUGUCUGUGGUGGAACAAAAAAAUCGAAAAUGUUCUCAAGAAGAGAUUGAACGGAAAAAACAAGAGGCUCUUGCACGAAGAAAAUCCAGAAUGCAGGCAUUCUUUAAAGAUACUUGAAUUUGGCAUUUAUUUUGUCUGUGGAGUAAGUUUUGGGGAGAUAAAUGUUGUAAUGCUUGAAGAUACAUUUUAAACUGUUCACAGCUACUGGUGGCAAGCUUUUUGUAUUUCUCCAUUUAAAAUAUCUUGACCUGAACAUUAACUAAUACUCUGGUUGUAUUUAGUCUUAAUUAAAAACUACCAGUUGUAAAUCAGUAGUCCCAAACUACCUUCAGCACAAUGAAGAUAGUAUUGAGUUCAAAUACUAUUAUGUGUCGAAAUUAUAUAGUCUGAAAAUAAUCAGACCAUGAAAGCGUUUGUAAACACACGUAAGUGGGAGAUACCAAAACCAGGCUGUAUGUGUUUUGGUUGUAUUUCUCUUAUUGCAAGUAUUUUAAAUACUAAGAAAUACUAACGUUUACUGUCAGGUAGAAGAAAGCUUUUAAGUUCUGGUUUAAAGAAAGUACAAUCUAUGAAAUGUCCAACAUCAGAAAACUAAUGGAAAUGAACAGGAUUUGGAAAGCAUACUCAAUUUGUCCACAUUACCUUAAGUAAGAAUUGUACAUAGUGAAGGAAGAAUUUAAUAUAAAAGUUUCAUAAGGUGAAAAAGCAUCAUGGAAAGCACAUUUUAUCUUUCUUUUGCUCAAUUCCUUCCAUGAAGAGUUGGAAAUACCCUAGCUAAAAGAAAUGGACUAUGUUUUUUGGACUAUAUUUUCUAAGCAUGCAUUUCUGAGCUAAUUAAAAGGGUAGCCUAUAUCAUUUUACUAAACCAUGAGCAAUGUGAAAGACAGUAGGUGAAAUCUCAACAACCAUGAAUCAGUUUAGCUUUAUGGGUUGUACAUAUUUUUCAAACUAAAGGCUGUUAAAACAUAAAAAUGCAAUGUCAUGUCAGCUUAACAGGGGCUGAUAGAAUUUUUGAAGUGAUAGAUGGGUGCAGAGCUCAAACUGCAAAAACUGCCUGUGGGUAAGCUGCAAGAUAUUUUUCAACUGAGAAAUGCUUAUAUGUAAACAUGUGACACUAUGAGAAGUGACUGUAAUUUUUCUUUGUAAAUAAAUAACUUUGAAAUGUACCAAAGGUUAGAGGAAGCUUUUGGUUUUUGUAGUAUGUGCCAUUUUUGUAACUCCUAAAAAUGUAAGUAUUGUAUAUUUGUAAAUCAUCAUUAAAGUUUUUUACAUUUGUCUAGUCUGUUCUGGAAAAUACUAUACUACAGAAGCUAGUAAAAGGGAGUGAAAUGGGAGUUUCAUAUGGACUUUACCUGAACUUUUUCUUUUGAUAAUUUAUCCAGUUAUUCCAUACCUCAAUUUUCUACCUAUAGUGAUGGCAAAGUGCUUCCCUUGAUCCAUUGAAACUAGAAAUCAACCAUCUGCAGUGGAGUCCUGAAAUACUUAACUAUACUGGUUUUUCAAACUAAUAAAUUUGCUUUCUUAUUUACCACUGUUCUUGGUGCUAGGCAGUUGAUUCUGAAAUAACAUCCCCAAGUCCACCCAAAACCAUGCUCAUGCCCAGACAGUGCUACUUACAGUGUGCAGCUGCAGCCCUUUAUCCUUCUGCCAGCUUCAGCCGUUGUGUGAUAUAUGAUGAGUUGGAUCAGCUUACUGUUCCAACUGAAAAUUAACCAAGAGUAAAUAUUUUUAGCUUUUCGAAGAACUUUAUCACAAUUACACCCUUACCAGAUAACAGAGCAAGACUCUGUUAUGUUGUCAAACCUCUGCUGGCAGUGUUCAAACAGUUUGUAAGAUGUAGGAUAUGC